AUGGGUUUGAAUGACCCUAAAGAGAACAAGGUGGCAUUUUUUUCCGGAGACCACAGAAAUGGAUAUUUUAGUGUUCAAGAGGAAGAUAAAUUAUUUAACGUACUCCCCUUCUUUGCAGAUGAUGACUUUGAUCAAUUCGAUAAGCCUGGUGCAGAAAGGUCUUGGAGAAGAAGAGCUGGAGAUGAUGACUGGGACAGUGAACUUGAUGAUGACUUGCUUGGAGAGGAUUUGCUAACUGGCAAAAAGAAUCAGUCAGACUUGUCAGAUGAAGAGCUGAAUGAUGAUCUUCUGCAAAGUGACAAUGAAGAGGAACAAGAAUUUCGUUCUCAAGGUGUCACAGUUAGCCUCAAUGCUACGUCUGGCAUGCUUACGUCAUACGAACUCUCUGAGACCAUCAAUGAUCCAUCGAUAGAACAUGAGUCUGAGUAUGACCAAGGGGAAGAUGAAAUUGUUUAUGACAAAUCUGAAGCACCUGAAGUAUAUGCGUCAGGCUAUGCAGAUGAAGAACAUUAUGAAGGCAAUGAUCCUGAGCUGACAGAAGACCAAAUAGAAUAUGGGGAAGAGCCUGGAGAAGAAGAUGAAGUGCUAGACCUUGAAAUCAAUGAACCCCUAGAUGAAUUUCCAGAUGAAGAUUACAUGCAAUCAUAUAAUGAGCAAGCAAUGGAAGAACAAGAAGAAUAUGCAGCUGAUGAGGAGCUGGAAGAAUCCCAGACAAUGACAAAUGAAUCGGAAGAGGCAGCCAUUGAAUCUCUGGAACUUCAAGAAGAAACAAAAGAAGAAUCUGAUGAAGAGGAGGAUGAUGACGAAGAGUCUGGACGAUUACGUUUCAAAACUGAACGGAAGGAAGGAACGAUAAUUAGGCUCUCAGAUGUGACAAGAGAAAGGAGAAACAUUCCAGAAACUUUGGAACUUUCUGCAGAAGCUAAAGCAGCAUUACUUGAAUUUGAAGAGAGGGAAAGGCAGCUUAAACAGGGACGAUACGGCUCAAGGAGAGGAGGGCGAAGAGGAGGCUCAAUUAUGUGCCAUGGAAUGGGAGAACAAAGGAGAGACCAUAACGAUAGGGGAAGAAUGAAGGAUCACAGGCCUGCGCUGCUGCCAAACCAGCCAUCAACAAUGCAUCAGCAUCAUUCUUCUCCUCCUCCAGGGCUACAUAUGCCCCCUCAGAUAGAAACGCCUAGAAUAAUGAUGACUCCACCUCCAGUGACACCUCAGCAACCGAAGAACAUACACAUAAAUCCACAUUUCAAGGGGACAGUAGUGACACCUGUACAAGUGCCCUUGCUGCCAGUUCCAGCCCAGCCCAGACCUGCUGUAGGACCCCAGAGAUUUCCUGGCCCUCCAGACUUCCAGCAGCAUACGCCUGGACCAGUUCCUACCAACUUCUCCCAAGCACCAAGGCUGCCAAUCCAGGAUCAGUGGAGAGGACCACCACCACCGCCCCCACCACUCCCUCCUCCGCCACCUCAGGACAGAGAUCCUUUCUUCAUACCAGAUCCGCGGUUUCCCAGCCAUCACCUGCUGUUUUUUUACUCGGGUCCCUUGCAUCCUCCAUUACAGCCCCAGCCACAGCCUCAGCCUCACCAGCACCAUCACCAGCAGCAGCAACAGCACCAUCACCAGCAGCAGCAGCAGCAACACCAUCAUCAUCUCCAAGGGCCGCCACAGCCCUUGAUGCCCAUGAACCAGCCCCAGUUCAGGCCUCACAUGCAAGCCACGCAACAGCAGCAGCCAAAUAACAACAGGAUGCAGUGUCAGCCGCGACAGGGUCCGAUGAAGCCAAGGCAUAAUACACCAUCACAAAAUGUUGUCAAGCGUCCAAAUCAGCAGCUACAGUCAACUGCUCCAAGAAAUAGUAACUUGCGUGAGUUGCCGAUAGCACCAUCACAUGUUAUGGAAAUGAGCAACAACAGGCGAACCUCUACCCCAGCUGCUCAGGUCAAACCCAUUACCAGCACGAUGUCUGCCACCAAGUCUGUAGCUGAUCUGGGAAACUCGCAGGGAAGGCCCGAGAUGAAAGCUAAAGCAAUCACACCAGUGGGCCAAGCAAAAUCGGAAGUGAAAUCUGAGCCAGAGUAUCCAGACGAAGAUGAAGAAACUAGAUUGUAUCGUUUGAAGAUAGAAGAGCAGAAGCGUCUAAGAGAAGAAAUUCUGAAACAAAAGGAGCUGAGACGGCAGCAGCAGGCUGGUGCUUGGAAGAGAGAAUUGCUUGAAAGACUUGCACAGCAGCAGCAGCAGCAGCAACCACCACCUUCUACGCACCAGUCCUACAUGCAGCAGGAGGACGACUCCUCUGAGUACCCCACCAACGGCAGCCCUUACAUACCCCACUCGGGCUUGCAGACCAGGCAAAAUGUGAAAAACAGACUCCUUGUUAAAAAGCAAGAUACGGUCGUUCCAAAUCUCCAACCCAAACCCACAGAUUUCCCACAGGUCGGGGCGAAUAUGCAGUAUCAAGGACAGCAGAUGAAGCCGGUGAAGCAGCUAAGGCAGACUAGAGCGGUACCUCCGAGUCACCCUCAGGCACCGCAGAAAGUAUUACAGACAAAACCUGCUGCGGCAUCGCUGCCCGCGACACAGACUGCUCGAGUGGCGUCGGUACAAGCAAGGCCCCAGGAGCUGAAGCCUGGCGUGAAAAGGACUGUCAUGCAGCGGACAAACAGUGGUAGUGGAGAUGGGCCCCAUGUCGGCAGCAAAGUCAGGGUGAUUAAGUUGUCAGGAGGGCAGGGGGGAGAGGAUGCUGGCUUUUUUCACCCAGAGGGCCAGCCCCAGCGGCCUCACCAACCCCCGGAGCCGAAACAGCAGCCAGUGCGGAAGGUCACAUUGACAAAGGGAAUGCAACAGCAGCAGCACCAACAGCAGCAGCAGGCACAGAUCCAUUCACCAGCUCCUCAAGGAGUCAAAAACAUCCAGGGAAUCCAUCAGCCUAAAAAGGUCAUUAUGCACGGCAGAGGCAGAGGAGUAGCAGGCCAGAUGGGCCGAGGACGCUUGAUGCCAAAUAAACAGAACCUGCGAGUGGUGGAGUGCAAACCUCAGCCCUGUAUCGUGUCAGUUGAAGGGCUUUCUUCAUCAACUACUGAUGUCCAACUGAAAAACCUGCUGAUGUCAGUGGGACCCAUUCAGAGUUUACAGAUGCUUCCUCAACAACGGAAAGCCAUAGCAAAAUUUAAGGAGCCAGCACAUGCUUUAGCAUUUCAGCAGAAAUUCCACAGGCACAUGAUAGAUCUGUCCCACAUAAACGUGGCGCUGAUAGUUGAGUGAUGUCUGCUGAGAGAAUCCCUGACACUAACAGAAGCACACUGUGGAGCUGCGUGAGGCACAGUGGCAAAACCAUCGGGUUGUGAAACCUUUCAGCUUAGUCUUUAAUUGCUGUGUUGAACUACAGAAAGCAGCAAGAUGUCCUCCUUCAGAAGAGCUGAACUUGAGAGGAUCCGCACAGGUGGAAUUUCUGUUCGGUUUGUUCGCGUUCUGUUGUAACCACAUGGAACUACGGAUUUUUUUUUUCAAGAUGCUUUCAAUGCAUGUAGACAGUGUUCUUCAAGAUACUACUGUGUGACCACAGUGACUUGAGAGAGAACGUUUACAUCGAAAGAUUGAAAAACUUUCUUCAUAGCAAAGAAUAUUUGAUAAUGGUUGCUCUUAUCUUCAGUGUGAGGUAUUUGAAUGAAAACUCACUUUUCUAAACAAAACACAUUAGUUAUGGUGUAUGUCUGAGAGCACAGAAGGUAUUCUUGCAUAGAUUUAAACGUGGUCUACUUCACUGAGUAGCAGUACACUGAGAAGCUUUGGAGGUGACGCUGGAAAAAAUGUAGUUUCGAACUUUGUAAAUAUGUUGAGUCUGUCUUUGCAUUUUCUGUUUCAACACAGACUUCCAUCUUCUCCUUCCAACUCCACUUAUUCCAUAAAACCCUGUGCAGGAAUAACAUUGCUGUAUUUACCCUUGGUUUUUAAACACAGGAUCUUUGCCCUUCAGUAGCAUCGUGGGUAGCGAACUCCAAGUUGUAACUAGGUUGUUUUAAAUGACGUUGCCAGGUAUAAGGAAAAAUAAAUAUUUAG